AUGUUCCCUGCCCACAUCGGGCCGAUCAACCGCAGAGUAACUGUGACGCCUGAUGAAGAACAAAACUUGAAUCAUUACGUACAAGUUUUACAGAACCUAAUACUAAGUGUUCCCACUAAGGAGCCAGGUCGUCAGAAAAAAUCAAAGUCUCCAAAUAAUGCUAAUUUCAUAGGACCGAGAGUAUCGAGAGUUAAGGAGCUAAAAUAUACACAUGAUGUAGGUCCAGGUGACAAUGAUGUUUUAAUCAAUCCUGUCAGUGAAGAAACUACAACUUUCCCUACUAGGGGCUUCACAUUGGAAAUAGACAAGAAAAAACAUACUAAAAGCACAGCAUUCUGGUCGAUUAAACCAAAUAAUGUUUCUGUUGUUUUACAUGCAAAAGAACCUUUUAUUGAGAAAGAUGAGCCAGAGCCAGAACCAGAGCCAGAGACAAUUGAACCUCGCACUGAGGCAUCAACGCAAGUGCCAAGUGUUACUGAACCAAGUCAAGAUGUCACCUUUUUAAGCAGGAGCACUGACUUGGAUACCGCCACGGAAGAAGAUGUUCCUCAGCUCUCAGGUGACAAUGAAAUGGAUUAUCUUGAAUCACAUGAUGUGUAUAAUGAAGACGUUUUGAAAAGAAUUGCAGAUAUUAAUUCACAGUUGCAUCACGUACCUCUUCCUGAGAGCUACAAGCCAGAAUAUAGAGCGGACAUUCAAGCCUCUAAAGAACACCUAAAACGAAGCCUUGCUCUAGCCAUAGCAGCAGAACAUAAAUUAGAAAAAAUGUAUAAAUCCCAGCUGUUACCACAAGGACAAAGCAGUGGUGGAGUUUAUGACAUUGUAACUGUUAUUAACAUGCUGUAUAAUUCUAGAUAUAAAUUAUCUGAAUAUUUAGAUAUAAAAUAUGUUCCAUCAGAGAUGAGAGGAAAAGCUACUGUAGUAGUCCAUACAUUGAAAAAAAUACUAUGUGUUGGUCAUGGAGAAGAAACUCACAACCUCCUUAAGCAGUUAUUAAAUAAUAAUAUAAAAAUUUUACACAUACUUGAUACUCAUGACAAAGUUGAUUCAAGCUAA